AUGGAUUUAAUUGUGGAUAAUGAUAUGGAUAGGAUGUCUGCUAAUCACGAUGACAUAACUAGAGUUGCUUAUGCAGCUUCAGGCUCAUCUGAGGAAGUUGUAUCGGUUGAUUCUACAGUUCCUUUGGGCGAUGCGAGCUAUUCAUUUUUUGAGGUGUCCCCACAGGAGGGAAGUGCAGAAACCAAGAAUACGGUAGACGAUUUCAAGCAGUCUUUGCUGGAUAAAAAUAUCAACCAGAACAUGGCAUUUAACGCUGAACAUAUUGUGAAUUUAGAGGCACAGACCUUGGUGUAUCAUUCUACAGGAGUUGACGGUUUUGAUGAGAAAGAUAGUAUUAUUGAAAAGAAUAUUAGUGUUAUUGAUGAGAACAUUAAAGAUGAGGAGAAUAGUGAGGAGGUAGAUGGUGAAAGGCUCUCCAAUUUACUGACAUUUACAAACAGUUCUCAGAAAGAAAAACCUGGUGUUAUUCUUCUAGGUCGAGGCAACAGUUUUAGUCUUGGGAGGUCAGAGGUUAUGUUGUUGCAUGCCAACAGACGCAACAAAUCAGAUGCUGGAAGAACUGGUAAUCGUAAUUAUCGUCACUUAGUAACAGGCUUAGACAACAGUAACAAUAAUAACAACAGUACCGAGUCCAUAAGUAAUAGAAAUUUGAAUAUGUUCGAUUCACUUGUAAACACCAGAGCCCAGCGAGUUUCUGAUAGAGGAAUGACCCCUGAUGAGUUAGAAUCAUUGUGGCGGAAGGCAGAGGUCGUGAUGGCUGCCAAGCAGGUGGUUGUUCAGGAAGUUUUGGAAGAGUUUGGGAUAGCAGAACCUGGACGGGUAGGGGAGGGCACUCUAGACAAAGCAAUGGAGGAAACAAUAUGGCAGGCUGUUCAGGACAGUUUUCAGAUUUGA